CAUAAUAGACAUGUAAGAUGUGUUUGUUCAACUAUUUUAAAUUAUUUAAAUAAUAAUAAUAUAUCAGAUAAUGAAAGAAACAAGUUCAGUAUCUGUAUACUUUUAAAUUAUUUGGCAUAUAGUACCUUAAGUGUUCUUUAUUAUCCUAAGAAAAGGUCAGAAUUAGAUAAUGCUUGUAAUGUACUAGAAAAAAUAUGGAAUGAACGUGUUGAUGAUAGAAAUAAUUGGAAACAAAGAAAAGAAUUAUAUGAAUACUACGUCGAUAUUGAUGGAAUUAUAUCAACCGCUAAAUUUUUUAAUACAGGACGCAAUGAUUAUUAUAAAUAUGUUAUGUACAAAAAAAGGCUCUAUAACUGUUUUAUGAAUGAUGUUCUAUCUUUUAUAAUGUUGAAUGUCCAAAUUUUUUUGAGGAAUGUAAAAAGUACAAUCCAGAAAUGUUGUUACCUGAGUUUAUAUGUUACCAAGAUAUACUAA